AUGAGCCAGCUCGUGGUGGAUUUAAAAUGCUUGAAAAAUAAGAUAGCAAGGAAGUACGAUGUCAUUCAUAAAAUUAAUGAUGGAAACAAGAAAUUAGACGGUAUUCAUCCAUCUGAAAGAUUUAGAAUUGUUGUUCGAUUUGUAGAUUUCUUGUUCUGUGAGUCAGAUGAAGAACGUACUGAUGGUUUUUUCUGUAAAGUGGUCGUGAGGAAUCUUCGCUGUCUCAGUGUAAAAAAUAGCGAAGAAGAAAUGUGCUUAUAUAUGUGUGAAAGGUUAUUUUCGACCCAUAAAAAUGAUUUUAUAUUGAUAGAUGGACAGGUAUUGGACAUUCGAGUUGGUGCGUGGUAUGGGGCAUACCAAAGCCCCCCAGUAUUUGAAAUUAUUAGUUUCAAGAUUCUAUCAGAGAGGGAUGUCUGCGAUUUCUUUGAAUUUGUCCGAUCACCAAUCGGUGAGAAGUUUCUAAACAUUUCUAAUCUCUAG